CUAUACACACUCUCCACAAUUAGCUAUUUAAAGAAAAUUAUCGAAGAUUUGUAAUACAUUGAACAACUUCCUCAAGAGUAUUUUCACAUGACCAUUGGAAACAAACAACAAGGAAAAGCUAUGCCCUGCUGUGUCCAGGGUAUAAAAGCCCCAGGUCUAAAACAGCUGUCAGAAUCCCAGAAACACCUGUAUAGAACCCUCCCUCCACAUCCAACACCAUGACCAACUCCUGCUGCUCCCCUUGUUGCCAGCCUACCUGCUGCAGGACCACCUGCUGCAGGACCACCUGCUGGAGACCAAGCUGUGUGACCAGCUGCUGCCAGCCUUGCUGCCAGUCCAGCUGCUGUGGCUCCAGCUGCUGCCAGCCUUGCUGUCAAACCACCUGCUGUAGGACCUGCUUCCAACCAAGCUGUGUGAGCAGCUGCUACAGCACACCCUGCUGCCAGCCCAGCUGCUGUGUGUCCAGCUGCUGCCAGUCCUGCUGCCAGCCCAGGUGCUGUGAGUCCAGCUGCUGCCAGCCCAGGUGCUGUGUCUCCAGCUGUUGCCAGCCCUGCUGCCAGCCCAGGUGCUGUGAGUCCAGCUGCUGCCAGCCUAGGUGCUGUAUCUCCAGCUGUUGCCAGCCCUGCUGCCAGCCCAGGUGCUGUGAGUCCAGCUGCUGCAAGCCCUGCUGCCAGCCCUUCUGUCUCAACCUGUGCUGCCAGCCAGCCUGCUCUGGACCUGUCACCUGCACCAGGACUUGCUACCAGCCUACAAGUGUCUGUGUGCCUGGAUGCCUCUCCCAAGGCUGUGGGUCCAGCUGCUGUGGCUGUUGAUCAACUUACCAGAGGUCCACGAACAACACAUCUGCAAGAUAGCCACAGGACAUUAUAUUUACCAUCACUCUUUGCUAAUAAUAUGCACUUAAAAGCAUGUGCAUCUCACAGAACUCCCACUCACUUUCUUGUUAACAGAUUUGUAACUUAAUCAUUGGAUGCCAUCCCAUCCACUUUGAUAUCCUUCUUAUCCAUCUGACUGCUUUUAAACAUCAACUGAUCUUGACCUGUGUUUGUGUUCUCAGCCUUAACAAAGAGAUAAUUGCCUUUAUAGCUGAAGAAAUUAAAAGUGAGAAAAGCAACUCAUGAUAUCUAAUUAGAACCUCACAAUGAAAAAAUAUGAUUAU